CAUUUCUCAUUUAGCAGCUGCCCCAGAGCCCUGCAGAGAAACCAGUGGGAGAUGUGUGGUGAGCUCGGAGGAUGGCAAUGGCAGGCUAUCGUGGGACAAUGUGGCUUCUUCCUGUUGUCCUCCUUUUCCUUCAGAUGGUGCAUACAGUCAUACCAAAUGCAUGCAAGGUCAGCAAUGGGAACUGUGAGCAGUUCUGCAAAACUGAAGAUGAAGGAGUUGUAUGUUCCUGUGCUGCUGGCUAUGCCCUGGGCAGUGACAACAAAACCUGCGUUCCUGUAGUCAAGUUCCCGUGUGGUAAGCUUCAGAGAAGUCAUGAAGCCAGUCAAGAGAAAGUCACAGGAACCACAGCAAGUCCAGAUGCUCAUCCUGAAAAUGAGGAAACCACUGAGGCCCCAAGCAGCCAUCCAGAGGUCACCAGGGAGGCUGACCAUUUACCCAGCGCGUCCCCGUGGCACGCAGUUCUAGUAAAUAAGUACAACGAAUGGUUUUGUGGGGGGACAAUUCUGAAUGAGUAUUUUAUACUUUCUGCAGCUCACUGCAUUAAGCAGUAUAAAGACAUACAGGUUCUGGUUGGGAUGGUGGACAAAGAAAAGGAAGAGCCAAGUAGAGCAAUGCACAGAGUGGAAAAAAUAAUUCCGCAUGCUGAAUUUGAUAAUAAAACAUAUGACAGCGACAUAGCCCUUCUGAAAUUAGAGGAACCUAUCACAUUUUCUGAGGAUGUUAUCCCAGCAUGUCUUCCAGAAAAAGACUUUGCUAACAAUAUUCUGAUGAGCCAAACAUUUGGAAUUGUCAGUGGCUUUGGGAGAACAUUUGAACGUGCGCAGCUGGUCAAAAGAAUGAAAGUGCUUCAAAUCCCUUACGUGAACAGGCGUACUUGCAAGCUUGCCCUUUAUAGCCCGGUCACGGAAAACAUGUUCUGUGCUGGUUAUGAUAAAGAUGGAAGAGAUGCUUGCCAAGGAGAUGGAGGAGGCCCCCAUGUAACCCAAUAUAAUGGCACUUAUUUUGUUACUGGUGUCAUCAGCUGGGGAGAAGGGUGUGGAAGGCAAGGGAAAUACGGAGUAUACACCAAAUUGUCAAAGUUCCUACCCUGGGUAAGAAGUGUUUUGACAGAAGACUCUUAAUGCUUUGACAUGUAAUCAACCUAAUUGUUUUAGCCAUCAGAUUUGAUCCCUAAGUAAUAUUUUCCUUUUUUUAACAUGCUUGCUAAAAUUCUGAUAGUUUGUGCUUCCCUUAAAAGAUGCCAUCUAUUCCUUCAUGAGCUCAUGCCUGGUUUUCAGAAGGUGGGUUUCAAACAGAGCUUACUGGUUUUGAACAAUAAUGAAAUUUCUUCAAGUGGUUUAGGAACUCCUCCUGCUCUUGCUGUGAUAAGCUAAAUUUGUCUAUUGGAGGCUUUGCCUGUGCUGAUAAGCCCCCUCCCAUUGCAAUGAAAGUUGGAACUAACUCAAGAUUUCUGUGGCAGUACACGCUUUCUAGAAACAAAUCAGACUAGGAUAAUAUCAAAGUAAGACAGUAUCAGAAUAGGACAGCAUUUUAAAAGCCUCUGGAAAAGCUACCUAGUUUUCUAGAUUUAUAUACGUAUACACAGGAAAAGCUAGAAAAUGUGAAAACCACCCAUGUAUCCACAAGGGUCUAAAUAACUGGGCAUGUCACUAAAUCAAAUGAGUUGUUAGAUGAAGCUCAUUGAAUGGAAAGGCUUGAUUAUCAUCACCUAAAUCACUGGUGUUCUGGUAUUUUCUUGCUUUCUUUCCGAGAUACUUUCUUCACCAGCAUUAUUGAUGUCAUGAUUUUGGCUAUAAUAAAGUGAAUGCAUUGCAUACCCUAAAAAUUA